GUUUAAUGCAGUUUCAUGAAAGGUAUGAGGUUGAACGUCAGGCUGAGGACCCAAGACGCACAUUGUCCGGAAGGUCACAAGUCCAUCCCUGCCCAUUCCACCACCAUUCGUGGAUCACGGCUACCGAGUGCAAGGAAGACGUCGAACAAGAACAAGAAUAAUAAUAAUAAUACGUAGAAGACAAAGAGGAAGAAAAGCCAUAUGCCAUGUCUUGGAGUCUCCGAGACUCCCUUAUCUUCUACGUCGUACUGACAUGGAUGGCCCUGUCCAUGGAAGCCGCAGCCGCCAUUACCUGUGGGGCAGUCACGGACAUUUCAAGGCGUCCCUACGUUUGGAUCACUUACGGGAAACACGCCGUUGUCCGAUCUGUAAGCCUUUGCGUGGGCAUCUUUGCCUACAUUGGAUAUAUUCGGAGCUUGUUUCUACAAUGGCUGCUUUGCACGGUGCUCAUCGCUGCACUGACUAUCGGCAAUUUCCUGUAUGGAACCUACUACUACGUCUACGUUACCUACAUCCGGAAAAUGGGUGUUAUAGAGUCGUACAAACGGGCCUCCUUCGAACACUCGCUCCAUCCUAGGUGGUACCUUGCAUAUGUAAUAAGUUCGACAAUAGCAGAGGGCAUCUUGGUGUGGUACAUGUUCAAGUAUUACAUAACAUCGACCAAGAAGAAAGUAAAGGAAUCUACAGUGAGCAGCGGGGCAAAUCAAGAUAGCACGACCCAGAAGGACAGCGGCGCAAACCCUGCCACUUCUGAAGAAGAAUAAGCGGAACACGAGAAACUCACCGAACACAGCUAUAGGAGUUUUUACGAUCGCAUACAUAUCGAAUAAAGUGAACCGCUGUUGCAGUGAAAUAACGGAACGCGCAUUGCGUCCCGUAAGAUA